CUCUCUCUCUCUCUCUCUCUCUCUCUCUCUCUCUCUCUCUCUCUCUCCGAUUUUCUCAGUUUUCUCUGAAAAUGGUUGUGGCACAAAAACUGAAGGAGGCGGAGAUCACCGAGCAGGAUUCGCUUCUUCUGACGAGGAACCUGCUUCGUAUCGCUAUAUUCAAUAUCAGUUACAUCCGAGGCCUUUUUCCGGAGAAGUAUUUCAAUGAUAAAUCCGUUCCUGCUCUAGAGAUGAAGAUCAAAAAGCUAAUGCCAAUGGAUGCCGAAUCUCGCAGACUUAUUGACUGGAUGGAGAAAGGUGUUUAUGACGCUUUGCAGAAGAAGUACCUGAAAACACUUUUGUUCUGUGUGUGUGAAGCAGUAGAAGGGCCAAUGAUAGAGGAAUAUACAUUUUCGUUCAGUUACUCGAAUUCCGAGAGCCAGGAGGUGUCGAUGAAUAUCAGUCGCUCUGGGAACAAGAAGCAUGGUGGAACAUUCAAGUGUGACUCCACAGCAGAGCUUACACCCAACCAGAUGAGAAGUUCUGCUUGUAAAAUGGUCCGCACACUGGUUCAACUGAUGAGAACUCUGGAUAGGAUGCCUGAAGAGCGCACCAUACUGAUGAAACUCCUUUAUUAUGAUGAUGUGACGCCGGUAGAUUAUGAGCCUCCGUUCUUCAGAUGUUGUGCAGAAGAAGAAGCUCAUAACCCAUGGACAAAGAAUCCAUUGAAAAUGGAGGUUGGGAAUGUGAACAGCAAGCAUCUUGUCUUAGCCCUCAAGGUAAAGAGCGUGCUUGAUCCCUGUGAGGAUGAAAAUGAUGAUAAUCAAGAUGAUGAAGUGAGCUUAGGAGCUGACUCCAUGCAAAUGGAUGACUCUUCUGAAACUGACAGUGAGGUUAACCAAUCACAAGAGGAUCAAUAUAUAGUUGCUCCCAUAGCUAAGCUACAACCACAGGAGGAUAACAGCAUACCUCAGGAAGUAAACAGCAUGGAUGAUGCAGCUACAGAUGAUACUCAGGAUCCAGAGGAAGAUGAACAGCAAUUUUCCCGGAUAAAGGACUGGAUCAGUAGCCGCCAUCUUGACACUGUUGAAGUUACUGAUGUUCUCUCGAACUUCCCAGACAUCUCAGUGGUUUUGACUGAAGAAAUUAUGGACAGGCUUGUUGCUGAAGGUGUUCUAUCAAAAACUGGAGAAGACAGUUACAAGAAGAAGAAGUCUGACCAUGAAUUCAUCAAGGUGAAAAAAGAAAUGGACUAUCAAGUAGUCCCAUAUAGUGAAAAAUCUCCAAACGCCAAUGAUCACUUGUACAUGAAGGCACUGUAUCAUGUUCUCCCAAUGCAGUAUGUGUCAAUUGCAAAGCUUCAGAACAAGCUUGGAGGAGAAGCAAAUCAGAAUACUGUGCGCAAGAUGAUUGAUAGGAUGGCACGAGAAGGUUUUGUUGAAACCAAGGGAAAUCGAAGGCUAGGAAAGCGUGUGCUGCAUUCUGAUAUUACCAAGAAAAAGCUUGUUGAAGUCCAGAAAGCUUUGAACUAUGAUGGAAUGGAUGUGGACAACACUGAACCCGAAAGCAAGUCGAAUCAUCAAGGAUUUUAUCCAGUUGCUAGUAACUACCGAGACACAUCCACAUGCGGUGUGCUCCACUCCAUUGGAUCAGAUCUGACACGCAUGAAAAUAAGGGCUAAUUCAAAUGAAUGCAGUCCAAUGAGGAGUGAGCAGACUACAUCAAUGAGAAAGGAGCAUGGAAACACCCCCACAAGCCGGGCUCAGCCUCAAAUUUCAAGAGAGAGUUUUGCACCUGGUAAUGAUGAACACAGAGCAAAUGGCAACACAAACCACUGUGAUGAAGAUGAGAGAGUGAUGUGCAGUAGUAGGUCGACGCGAGACAAGCGUUCCCGGAAAACAAGCAUGGUCAAGGAGCCUAUUCUUCAGUACACAAAGCGCCAGAAAUCUCAAGCCGUCUGAAAAUUUUUGGAAUUUGCAGAUGCCGCCUACCAUAGGAUGCUUCUUCUUUGCUAAUGUUUAACUACCUGUUGAACUUGGAUUAGUACACUUUUGUGGGUGACUGGUGACUAUAGUAGGAUUAAGGAUACAGUCUUACAGACAUCUAAGUCAUCCUUAGUCGAUUUUUACACCAAUUAUGGCACUUCUGGUAUUGUUAGUAUUAAUGU